UUUUUCAUUAAAUGUGCACAAAAACAAACAAUUUGCCCUAAUUUAAAAUCCCCAGGAAACCAAUAACACACAGGAAAAAUGCACGUGGUCAUUUUAUGACAUUCAAUUCAGUGCUUAUGCCAUGAUGAUGUAUGCAGGUGGUGCAGCUGUGGCUGCAGUGAAAGGAGACUCACAUUUGUUUUGCCAUUCAUUCACCCUGCAUGAGAACAACGUGAUGUUAUAAUGAUGGUAUUUAGAGGUGGACUGACUCAAGUAGGACACCACUGAAGGCUUGAAAUGCAAAAAAACUUCACAUCUAUGAUUUGCUGAUAGUUAAUAGUAAUCAGGCUUUGCUUGAUCCAUGUGUGUCUGCCUGCCUGACAACAAUAUGUGUAGAAAAUACGGGAUAUAUACAUCUACAGGGAUGUACAAUGUAUGUAAAAUUUGACAAAUCUUACAGAAAAACAUUGUGUAUAUACUGAAGAUAUAUAGAUAUGGAGAUAAUCUAGGCUAUACAAUGAAUUUCCAAUUAUAUAUAGAUUUAAUUAUUAAAAAAAAUGAUACAGAAUAUACAAAAUGGACAAUGCAAUUAAACACAUUAGCACAUUAUAAACAAGAGCAAGAAAACAAUUUUAGCAGAUUGAUGUGAUCUGGUUAGAAACUUAUGUUGGAACCCACUGAUUAAAAAAAGAGGAAAAACCCUGAGAAACACUUUGCAAUACACGAAUGCAUGUUCAGAUGUACAGAUCCUUUAAGAACACGAAUGUUCUCUUAAUGAUGUCGCAGUAACAAUGGCGACCAGGAUGCAAGCGUCAAAACACACACACACACACACACACACACACACACACACACACACACACACACACAAAGUCUCACCUAGGUUACAUUUGAAAUAUUGGGAUGGGUGGGCGUGACGUCACGCCUUACAAUUAACGCGGAGAGGCACGAGCGCGCCCGAUCCUGACGCCAGUGUGAUGGAGGGUGCAGUGAGCUCGCGGCUUGUCAGGUUGCUCGCCGGUGUAGCGAUCGCCUUCGCCGCGGUGGUCCUGCUGCACGUGCGUGACCCGUCCGACGUGCUGCUGGACGGCGCAUACGGAUACCCCGAGCUGUGGAGAAAAACCGGCCUGGCCGGCGCUCCGGCGCGCGCUGCGGCGUGCAUCCUGGCCGGUGCAGUGCUUUUGGCAGCGGUGUGGCUCUACCGGCUCCUGUUCGCUCCACUAGAGCUGCUGAGAAGCCCAGACGACGUGGGCUACGUCGCGGAGGAUGGGCGCUCGCGAGCGCGUGCGGCCAACGAGGUGCGGCGGAGGCGCAAGACCGGGGAACUGCCUCCGGUUUAUCCCAACGGCUGGUACCGGAUCCUGGACUCGCACAUGCUGGAGCGUGGAGACGUCAAGAGCGUAACCGUGUUGGGUGAGCAGGUAGCAGUGUUUCGGGGUCAGGAUGGGAAAGCCUAUGUGAUGGAUGCCUACUGCCCUCAUCUAGGGGCCAAUCUGGGUGUAGGGGGCCGAGUGGUGGGCAACUGUAUUGAGUGUCCAUUUCAUGGGUGGCAGUUUCGAGGAGAGGAUGGAAAGUGUGUCAGGAUCCCAUAUGCUGAAAAAGUACCGGAGUUUGCUAAGGUGCGCCGCUGGCUGAGUUGUGAGAUAAACGAGCAGAUACUGGUUUGGUUCCACUGUGAUGGUGAGGAACCAACCUGGAUAGUUCCUGAGCAGAAAGAGAUCACCAGUGAAGAGUGGGUUUACCGUGGACGCACGGAGCACUUCAUCAACGCUCACAUUGAGGAGAUACCAGAGAAUGCUGCCGACAUUGCUCACCUGGCCCAUCUCCAUACUCCAGGUAUCGUGAGUGGCGUGGACCUGCGUUAUACUAACAGUAAGACCUGGGAGUUCAUCCGCCAUGACUGGAAGGUGGAAUGGAAUCCAGAGCCGGAGCCCAAUAAGCACUGCUCUCAGAUGCUGGUGAAGCAUGCUCUCACUGUAUUCGGACGCCACUGGCCUUUAUUGGAUGUGAAUGUGGUGGCCAGACAGGUCGGUCCAGGUGUGGUGUUCCUGCUGUUUAACCACAGCUUCUUGGGUCGUGGUGUGAUCUUACACUGUGUGACCCCAGUGGAGCCUCUGCUGCAGUGUGUGUCGCACAGCAUUUUCUACCAGAGCAACAUUCCUCCACUCGUGCCAAAAUUCAUCCUGCGUGCCGAGUGUAUUCAGUUUGAGCGAGACGUCAUGAUUUGGAACAAUAAGAAAUAUAUUUCUAAACCAUUGCUGGUGAAAGAAGACUCAGCCAUCCAGAAGCAUCGGCGCUGGUAUAGUCAGUUCUACAGUGACAACAGUCCACGUCUGCGCUUCCAACACGAGACCCUGGACUUCUGAUUGAAAACACGGUCUGGACUCAAGACUCUAUGCAGUUGUUCGAGGACAGGAUGUUUGCAACGGUCCUUAAAAAUAAUUUUAAAAACAAACAAAAAAAAUAAAUUUAAUCAUAUAAGUGGGAUAAAUGGAUUCGAGUGAGACGAGCCCCUGAUCUUGAAAUAUUCAAAUGUUCCACAUGCAGAGCUGAAAAUCUCAAUAACCUAAGAGGAUGCCAAGAUGGUAGCAGUAUUUCCUUCCGUUUUUAUUUUUUAAGGACCAUACUAUACUUGUGAAGUGCCUGAGAGGACCGUGAAUCACUGAGCGAGUGUUAACUUCCGCUCGCUCGCUCUCUUUAUGAGAAUCACUGCAGCUUGACUUUAUUGCACUGUAAUCAGGGGAAUUCGAUACACCUCAUCACAUCACGACACGUCGCAGACUAAAGAGCUCUUUCGGCUAAUGCAAGCAAUAACAGCUGACCGCCGAGAGGACGCACCAAAGCUACAAGACCUGUUCAUUUCUACACUGUGAAUUCAUUAUACACAAACACAGUGCAUGAAUUGGUGCAGCAGUCUCUGCGAUCACAUUUAAGCGUGUAUCAGGAAAACCUUUACUAUUUCUUUUCUAGUAGUCCACUAUUAUUUAGAAAUGAUAUCAGAGACGUGGUCUGUGUGCUUGUUUGAUAAAAAUUUACAAUUCUGAAUCAUAUAUAAAAUCGUUAGCAGCUUUAAAAAUAUCUAUUCUGUACUGGAUGGUUGUGCAAUAAACAUGGCAGUUGUAUUAGAA